AUGGAGACUCGCAACAAGCUUCUGUUAGUCGCUUAUGCCACUUUCUCCAUUAUACCUAUUGUAAAGUCUCAAAAUCAACAAGGAUUCAUCAGUUUGGAUUGUGGAUUACCUCGUAAGGAAUCUCCUUAUAUCGAACAAUUAACCAAUUUAACAUACAUAUCUGAUGCCGAUUUCAUCCAAGGAGGAAAAACUGGUUAUGUCCAAAAUAACACAGAAACAGCCUAUCUCUGGAAGGCAAACAGGGUUUUGAGAUACUUCCCCGAUGGAAUAAGAAACUGCUAUAGUCUGAGUGUCACGCAGGACACAAAGUAUCUUAUCAGGGCCCUAUUUGUAUACGGCAACUAUGACGGCCUAAAUAUUCCUCAAAGAUUUGACCUUUAUCUUGGUCCUAAUAUUUGGACGUCCUUAGUUUUUCCAAACUCAGAUUCACGUGCGAUGGAGGAGAUCAUUCAUAUCACAAGAUCUAACAGUUUAGAUAUAUGUGUUGUUAAGACAGGGUCAAGUACACCAUUUAUAUCAACCAUAGAAUUAAGACCUUUGCGGUAUGAUACUUAUGCUACUCCAACCGGUUCCUUGAAGCAUUUUGGGCACGUCGACUUCACCAAUUCAAAAAAAAUUACAAGGUAUCCCAAAGAUGUGUAUGAUCGUAUUUGGUUUCCCCGCUUCCAACCGCAAUAUUGGACUCAAAUAAACACAACCCUGAAUGUAACGGAUUCUUCCUCUGGCUACGUCCCGCCACGAGAUGUAAUCACGACCGCCGCAAUACCCACUAAUGCCAGUGAGCCUUUCACCUUUACCUGGACUACGGAAACCCCCGACGACAAAAUGUAUGUCUACCUUUACUUCGCCGAGAUCCAACAACUGGGGGCCAAUGAAACUAGGGAAUUCAAUAUUGUGGCGAAUGGUAGAGUUGAUUACGAUUCUGUUAGUCCUAUGAAACUUGAAUCACAAACUUUAUCUAACCAUGCAUGGCUUAAAUGCGAGGGAGCGGUGUGUCGUGUGCAGCUGUUCAAAACUCCCAAGUCGACUCUACCACCUCUAAUGAAUGCUAUUGAGAUUUUUAGAGCCAUACAUUUUCCACAAUCAGAGACGAGUAGAGAUGAUGUCAUUGCCAUCAAAAACAUCCAAUCUACUUAUAGUUUGAGUAGAAUCAGCUGGCAGGGCGAUCCUUGUGUCCCAAAACAAUUAUCGUGGAUUGGUUUAAGCUGCAGCAUUAUCGAUACCCCCACACCACCAAGAAUCAUAGCAUUAGAUCUGUCUGCAAGUGGGUUAAGUGGAACUAUACCACCUAGCAUACAAAAUCUAACUCAGCUUCGAGAAUUGGAUCUAUCGAAAAACAACUUGACUGGAGAAGUGCCCGAAUUUCUAGCCAAGAUGAAAUCGUUGUUGGUCAUAAACUUAAGUGGAAACAAUCUUAGAGGUUCUGUUCCUCAAGCCCUUCUCGAUAGAAAAAAGGAUGGAUUAAAUCUAUCUGUUGAUGCAAAUAUAAAGCAAUGUGGGUCAUGCAAAUCAAAAUCUCCAGUGGUGGCGAUUGUUGUGUCUGUUUCUUGUGUGGUCGUUAUCAUAAUCGCGUUGGUUCUCAUCUUCUUUUUUAGAAAGAAAAAGACAUCAACUUGCAAAGGUAGUUUAAAACUAAGAAAUAUAUAUCUUCCAUAUCAAAAAUAUGGAAUCUUAUGGAUCCGUGUCAAAAAAUUUUGUGCAGUUAUGCGUCCAUGCCUCGAAAUGAAAAAUAGAAGAUUUACUUAUUCAGAAGUCAAAGAAAUGACUAAUAACUUUCAAGUUGUUCUUGGUAAAGGAGGCUUCGGUGUUGUUUGUCAGGGUUUGCUAAAUAAUGAACAAGUAGCCGUCAAAGUUCUCUCUCAGUCAUCAACUCAAGGCUAUAAGGAAUUCAAAACAGAGGUCGAACUACUUCUAAGAGUUCACCACGUAAAUUUAGUAAGCCUCAUCGGAUACUGUGAUGAAGGAAAUGAUUUGGCUCUCAUCUACGAGUUCAUGGAAAAUGGGAACUUAAAGGAACAUCUUACAGGAGAACGUAGAGGCUCUGUUUUGAAUUGGUCGGGUAGACUUAAAAUAGCUAUCCAGUCUGCGCUAGGCAUUGAGUAUUUGCAUAUUGGAUGUAAACCGCCAAUGGUCCAUAGAGAUGUGAAAAGCACCAAUAUAUUGUUAGGUCAAACUUUUGAAGCGAAACUCGCCGACUUCGGACUUUCGAGAUCUUUUCUAGUGGGGAGUAAAACUCAUGUAUCAACAAAUAUUGCUGGAACUAUUGGUUAUCUUGAUCCCGAAUACUACCAAAAGAAUUGGUUAACGGAGAAGAGUGAUGUAUAUAGCUUUGGGAUUGUGUUACUGGAGAUUAUCACUGGCCAACCUGUGAUAGAACAAUCACGUGAAAAGUCUUACAUAGUAGAAUGGGCCAAGUCUAUGCUCGUAAAUGGUGAUAUUGAAAGUAUUAUGGAUUCGAAUCUCCAUCGAGAAUACGACACAGGUUCAUCUUGGAAAGCUCUUGAAUUAGCAAUGUCAUGCAUUAACCCUUGUUCCGCAGAGAGACCAAACAUGACACGGGUUGCUCAUGAACUAAAUGAGUGUUUGGAAAUAUACGACAACUCAAGUAAAACAAGGAGCCAAGAUGCAAAUUCAACCAACUCCAUGGGACAUAGCAUAAGUUGCAUCAGUGAUACUCCUUCAGCUCGUUAAUCUUUUCAUCUCUAUGCUUUUUCUUUGAAAAAUAUUCUCUCCACA